GAUACGUGUCUCGCGCUCAUUCACCUCACGACUCCGGCAGCCGAUAAACACGCAGUUAAGUCCUGCAUGACGGGGCAGCUCAUAUCCUGAUAAAAUUAUUAUAUUCCUUGCCUAGCCUAUGGUUUCAGGUAAAAUACAUACAGUAUUCACACGUGUGAUGGCAGCUCUAAGAGCCGCCGUCGACGUUGGUAUCCAAUAGCUCGAGAAGGAAACCUUACCGCCGCAUUUCCUAACAGCGCGGUGCGGCGUUGCACGUGACGUCAUCGCACGUCGGCCCUCGCGGUGAGGGGGGGGCGUCACCAAGGCGCGCGCAGGUGCAAGUGCGUAGGCAGAUCGACAGCGAUAAGGUUUCUUCCUCUAAGUAAGUCGGCUCGUGUGUCCGGUUGAGCGGAACGAAAGGAGGGAUGUUCUUGUUUCCGUUUUGAGACCAGCCGUGAGCCGCACGAAUCAUGGGGAAGUCUCACUCCGUCUCGGCGAAGCAGAAGGACGAGGCCCGCGAGGGUCUGACUUCUGGCCCCGAGUACGCCGACUCGCAGGGCGAAGACUCCAGGGGCGGCGACGUGUCUCAGUUUCCGUACGUGGAGUUCACGGGCCGGGACAGCGUCACGUGCCCCACUUGCCAGGGAACGGGUCGGAUCCCGAGAGGCCAAGAGAAUCAGCUCGUCGCUUUGAUUCCGUACAGUGACCAGAGGCUCAGGCCCAGAAGGACGAAGCUGUACGUGACGGCGUCCGUCAGCGUGUGUCUCUUGCUGUCCGGACUGGCUGUGUUCUUCCUGUUCCCUCGCACCAUCGACGUCAGCUACGUGGGUGUGAAGUCUGCCUUCGUCACGUACGACAAGGACAAGCGGAUCGUGUAUCUCAACGUUACAAAUACGCUGAACAUCACAAACAACAAUUACUACUCGGUGGAGGUGGCCAACAUCACAGCCCAAGUGCAGUUCUCCAGGACUGUCAUUGGGAAGACCCGCUUCAGCAACGUCACUACCAUCAGGCCGCUGGACAUGCGCCAGAUUGACUAUAUGGUCCCAACCACUUUAGCAGAUGAGAUGAGCUACAUGUAUGAUUAUUGCACCUUGAAGACCAUUAAAGUCCACAAUAUUGUAGUCAUGAUGCAGGUAACCGUUACCACUACGUAUUUUGGGCAUGCGGAACAGGUGUCCCAGGAGAUGUACCAGUACGUGGACUGUGGGGGAAACACCACCUCUUUGCGUGGCAACCACAAGGUGUCUGACAUCCUGCAGCCUCCAAAAUAGCCCCCCCCCCCCCCCCAAUUUAUCGCCAUUGUUAAUACUUGAAGGUAGUAUAGCUGGUACACUGUGUCCUUUUGCACUUAACUAAUACAAGGGAAAAAUAUUGCCAAAAUUGAAUUGUAAGCCAAUAAUUGUAAAAGAUGAGCAGUGCUAUUAUCAGUGUAUUCUUUUGGAUGGCUAGUGUAAAUAAUCUUUAUUGUCGUGCAUAGUUUUCCAGCGUGCCAUUAAAAAUAACGAGCACUUUAGUCAACUGUUGAAGAAAUUCAUAAGAACAAAUCCAGUGUUAGAGUGAAAUUAAUUAAUUUUCCAAAGUCAUUGUAAAAUGAACUUUUUUUUUUUUUUUUUGGGCAUUUUCGAGCUGGUCCAUAUGUUCUUACUCGAAUCUGUUUCUGUUACUAAUGCUGUCAUUGAGUGUGUUUGUCAUAAAAAGGCCAUUUGAGUGAAAGGUGUCCUUUGAAAAGGGGCCACUAGAGGGAGCACUGGGGGUCCUCUGGGUUUCACUCUCAGGCUCUUUGCUGUUGGGAAUCUUUGGUAUUGAGCAUAAGAUAUGCAGAGGGUUGAAUUUAUUUACAAGAAAAAUGCAGAUCUGUAUUAUUGUCAGCACUUUGAUUCAUACUAUGCUUAUUCUUUGUCAUUGUAACUUAUCAGAGUUGAGCUCUGGUUCACUGCACCCAAACUAGAAAAUCUAGGCAGUCAUUCUGUUUUUGUAUACUCCCAAAAUUCUAAUCUUGGCUCUGUUUUCAUCCAGGUUGACUUGAAUUCUGUUAUAGAGAGAUGUAAAAGUUUGGAAAUCAUGACUGAAGAAAGAGUUGUGAGUGCCUGAAAAUGUGAAUUUUUAUGGUAUUUUAUUGUCAUCAAUUAUUAGGAAACUUUCAAGGGACUGGGAAUGGACUGUAUAACAGACAAUUAUUGUAACUGCACACCACAGUUGGGGUUUACGAUGAACUAACCAACAUUUUUAAAUUGUGUAAAACAGGGCUGGGGAGGAUGGCACUCUUCUAAAGCCACUCUUUAGCAAGAAAGUCUCUAUAAAUCCACUGCCGACUGCAAUGUGGACUAAUUGGUAAAUAAUCCACAUCUGGCCCGACACUGUAAUUUACCAUCUUCACAAUGACUUGCAUUCAUUCAUAAAAAGAAUGGUGAGAUUCAAGCACAGUGUGUGGUCCUGGAGGCUCUCCCAGGGUAUGAUGGAACCCUCCCCCGAUCUUGUACACCUGGUGGGGGGGCAGCACAACAGUGUAACCACAGGACUCUGAAGUGGAACAGCAUCAGCUUGUCUUUCAGCCAAUCGAUUCUUUUCCUUCAUACAGCAACAUGUGCACAGAUGUUUCCACCAUUAAUGUAUUUGUAAUCGUGUUUGUACCGGAAAAGAUUUCUGAGAUGUUCACUGCUGUUGCUGUUUGACAUACACUGUGCUGGAAUUCUAUUACAUCUGAACAGAAACAUGUGGUGCUGGCAUUUUUAAUAUGGCCUGGGUUUUAUUUGAAGAAAGCAGUGGCUUUCAGUUCACCAUGGUGAAAGGUGAGUCUGUUGGUUCUCAAAUAGCACUUUAGCGUUUCCCUUGAAAGAUGUACAGAACGUGGUAGAUUAGCAGGGGGUUAGUGACAAUAUGGCGGUAAAACAGCAAGGUCCACUACGGUACAAGGGCUUCCCUCAGUGGUCUGAUGUGUGACCUCAGAUGUCCUAUUUCCUAUGGGCCCCUCACUGUGAAUCAGAUGUCCGUUGUGACCUUUUCUGAUUGACUGUUCUACAGCUUGAGUGUUUCCUACCAGCAUGAAAAUGUAAUUAACGGUACUUAAUAAAUGAUGCUUGACUUUGAUUGAAUGGUACAGCUUGGGGUGGUUUGGUCCUGCUGGCUCAAAUGUUCAGAGGCAUGUGGACAUUUUCAUCCCAGCUCCAGGGUUUCCAGGCCUGAAGUCCCAUGCUGGUAUGGGCCAUAAAAUGAAUGAAGCACAGCUUGCCAUCCAUCAUCACUAUUUUCAGCUUAGAAAUUUAGCUUUUUUUCAGUCUCCCUUUAAAUUUGACCGAACUUGUUAAUUUAAUUGGUCUCUAAAUUUUUGAUACUGCUUUUGAAUUUAAAUUGCUCAUAUACCUCUGCAGCGCGGCCUACUGAACUUUUCAGUAACGUGUUGGAGCGGCCUGCACUUGACUAUAAGCGUAGGACUUGUAACACUGGUACUGGUGAUCCAUGUUGUGUUAUUCUAUAAAGAAGGCUAAUGACAUACUAAGUGGACUUUCAUACCAGUAUAAGUAAAUUCAUGGAAUGCUGGAUGUGUGAACAGGACUGUGCUCAGUAGCACUUAUUCCAUGAAAAGCCUGAAGAACCCACACCUCCUAUUCAUAUUUAAUGUACCUUUAAAUUCUGAGACCAUAGAGAAUUUAUCUUUUGAGGAGUUCUGAAAUGUUUCUUCAUAUAGUACCCAGACUUUUCCCAUUUUAAGCCAAAAACACCAAAUGUUUUCACUUGUGUUUAUUGCAUAAAAAUGUACUUCAGCAUGUAACACUUUGUAAUUUUUAACAUCUAGGCUACGUUUUAUUUAAGUUUCCUUGGUUUCAAAAAGCUUUUCGAAACUAAUAAUAUUACUCUCUCUUCUCCUUCCUGUCUAAAACUCUAGAGCGGGCAGCCUAUGAUCAACCGUCUGAUUUCCUCACCUGGAACCAUCUCCUUGAUGGUUAUCGGUCUGGUUUCAAAGCUGGUCACUUCACUGAGAUGGCCCUUUUGGCAGUGUCUGAUGCUUUCCAAGCCUCUAGAGCUGCCCCCUCUCCUCAGUCCUCAUCCUCCUCAAUCUGUCUGCAGCAUUUGACACAGUUAACCACCGGAUUUUACUCUCCUCUCGUAGUCAGCUUAGGAUCAAAGGUGCGGCACUAAGAUGGUUUGAGUCCUACCUCUCUGACAGCUC